UUCACACAGAAACCCUGCUGGUGGCCCUUUCUGGUUUUAUCUCCGUAAAGCCACUGCUCAGAGGCACACAGCUUUAGCUCUGCAAAAAUGAAGCAUCCAUUCCACCCUCUUCUUCUUUCUGUCAUUAUGUCUGUAUGUGUUGGGAGCAAAGGCCUUGCUGAGCAGCUAGCUAAGGAAAACGUGAGCAUGUCCUUCCUUCCUGCUAACUUCCACAAAGAAAACACAGUCACCAACGACUGGAUUCCAGAGGGGGAGGAGGAAGAGGACUAUCUGGACCUGGAGAAGCUAUUCAGUGAGGAUGAUGACUACAUUUACAUCAUUGAUGCAGUUUCCCCGACAGAUGCAGAAUCAAGUGCUGGGAACAUCCUGCAGCUUUUCCAAGGAAAGAGCCGGAUCCAGCGCCUUAAUAUCCUCAACGCAAAGUUUGCCUUCAACCUUUACCGAGUCCUGAAGGACCAGGUUGCCACUUCUGAUAACAUCUUCAUAGCACCUGUUGGCAUUUCCACUGCCAUGGGGAUGCUUUCCUUAGGCUUGAGCGGAGAAACCCAUGAGGAAGUACACUCAGUUCUACACUUUAAAGACUUUGUCAAUGCUAGCAACAAGUAUGAGAUUACCACUAUUCAUAAUCUCUUUCGAAAGCUGACCCAUCGCCUGUUCAGGAGGAACUUUGGGUACAAGCUCCAGUCUGCUAAUGGCCUUUACAUUCAGAAGCAGCUUCCCAUCCGGGAGGACUUCAAAGCUAACAUGAAGGAAUUUUACUUUGCUGAGGCCCAGGUGGCUGACUUCUCAGAUCCUGCCUUCAUAUUGAAGGCAAACAACCAUGUUUUGAAGCUCACCAAGGGCCUCAUAAAAGCAGCUCUGGAGAAUAUAGACCCUGCUACUCAGAUGAUGAUUUUGAACUGCAUCUACUUCAAAGGAACCUGGGUGAAUAAAUUCCCAGUAGAAAUGACACACAGUCACAACUUCCGGCUCAAUGAGCGAGAAGUAAUUAAAGUCUCCAUGAUGCAGACUAAGGGGAAUUUCCUCGCAGCAAGUGACCAGGAGCUGGACUGUGACAUUCUGCAGUUGGAGUAUGUAGGGGGCAUCAGCAUGCUGGUUGUGAUCCCACGAAAGCUCUCGGGAAUGAAGGCUCUUGAAGCACAGCUCACACCCCAGGUAGUAGAGAGAUGGCAAAAAAGCAUGACAAACAGAACUCGAGAGGUACUUCUGCCCAAGUUUAAGCUUGAGAAGAACUACAACCUGGUAGAGGUGCUUAAGUCUAUGGGAAUCACAAAGCUGUUCGACAAGAAUGGCAACAUGUCAGGCAUCUCAGACCAAAGGAUCACCGUUGAUCUGUUCAAGCACCAAAGCACCAUCACAGUGGAUGAAGAGGGCACGCAAGCUGCAGCUGUAACCACAGUGGGGUUCAUGCCGUUGUCUACCCAAGUCCGGUUCACUGUUGACCGUCCUUUCCUGUUUCUAGUGUAUGAGCACCGAACCAGCUGCCUGCUCUUCAUGGGGAGAGUGGCCAACCCUGCCAGGUCUUAACAGUGCCUUGUGGUCUGGGCACCUAGUGUAGUUUGGGGACAAUCUGUAAUUCUGUUCUCAGUCUAAGAGGACAAAGAUGUUUUGAUGUGAUAACUUAUGUGGUUUAUGAUAAUAUCUGGAUUUAAGGUCCACAUAGUAGAAGGGAGUUACCAAGGACUAAGAAGCUGACACAGAAGUUAAUGUAGUAACUCUAGUGCUAGCUAUUCCCCAGGUCCUAGCAACAUACAGGCUGCCUCAGCCCCGACUCCUGCGCCCCUAAGAACAAACCGCCAGAGUGUACAUAAUGCUUUCUCUGCAGGCAGCCCCAUCAGCUUUACUUUUCAAGGCUUUUCCUCAGCCAGUCCCUAUCUAAAUGCUAUUCAGGAGGUUUUACCCCUUCCAGGGAGGAUGCCCGACAGCACCAUUCCUGCCCAGUGGAAAAGAAACCUCAACAUGCCUGAGAUUUGGGACUUAAUUCAAGAUCCAAUCUUCUGAAUUCAUGUGACCAUAUCCUCCCCUGCUGCCUCAGGGUUACCUAGGUGUGUACACAAGGCUACACAGAUCCUAUUCUAGAGAUAAAUAAACAACUAUAUUUACUGUG